CCAUUUCUCCAGUUAGUAUUUCUGAAACAACGACGCCAAUAUGCCGCUGACCUACUUCCUCUUCCAAGUGGCAGUCGCCCUACUGGCGAUCGUUACCUAUAUACUCCAUCGCAAACUAACGUAUUUUAAGAGGCGUGGCAUUCCGUAUGAUAAGCCCCAUCCUCUCAGAGGAAAUAUGGAGGGAUAUAAGAAAACGAGAACCGUUCACGAAAUCCACCAGGAAUACUACAACAAAUAUCGGAACAGCAAGGCUCCUUUUGUGGGAUUCUAUCUGUUCCAGAAGCCCGCCGCAUUUGUUAUAGAUCUGGAGCUCGCCAAGCAAAUACUGAUCAAGAACUUUUCCAAUUUCACCGACAAGGGAAUAUACUACAACGAGAAAGAUGAUCCCAUGUCAGCGCAUCUCUUUAAUCUGGAUGGACCCCAGUGGCGUUUGCUAAGGAGCAAGCUAUCCCCGACUUUCACGUCGGGCAAAAUGAAGUUCAUGUAUCCGACGAUUGUGUCGGUGGCUGAGGAAUUUAUGACUGUGAUGCACGAGAAAGUAGCGGAAAACUCAAUACUGGACGUUCGGGAUCUGGUGGCCAGGUUCACAGUGGAUGUCAUCGGAACCUGUGCCUUUGGCAUCAAGUGUAAUAGUCUGCGAGAUGAGAAGGCCGAGUUUUUGCACUUCGGCAGGCGGGCAUUGGUGGAUUCUCGUCAUGGUAAUCUAGUAAGUGGCCUCAUGCGCAGCUAUCCCAAUUUGGCCAGGCGACUGGGCCUCUGCCGAAACACUGCUCAAAUUCAGGAGUUCUAUCAAAGAAUAGUUAAGGAGACUGUCACUUUGCGCGAAAAGGAGAAUAUCAAACGGAAUGAUUUCAUGGAUAUGCUAAUCGGCUUGAAAAACCAGAAGGAUAUGACUCUUGAGAAUGGCGAGGUAGUUAAGGGACUGACCAUGGAUGAGAUCAUUGCCCAAGCCUUUGUGUUCUUCAUCGCUGGCUUCGAUACCUCGUCUUCCACCAUGGCAUUUGCCCUCUACGAGCUGGCCAAGAAUCCGAGUAUCCAGGACAAGGUGAGAGCGGAGUUGGAGCAGGUAUUGGAGCAGCACGAUCAGAAGUUUACAUACGAGUGCAUCAAGGAUCUAAAGUACCUUGACCAAGUUAUAAAUGAAACUCUACGCCAUUAUACCAUUGUACCCAAUGUGGAUCGAGUGGCCGCCAAACGUUUUGUGGUUCCCGGCAAGCCCAAAUUUGUCAUCGAGGCUGGACAGUCGGUCAUUAUUCCAUCGUCGGCCAUACAUCACGAUCCUAGUAUUUAUCCCGAACCCAAUGAGUUUCGGCCGGAGAGGUUUUCUCCAGAAGAAUCCGCCAAACGUCCCUCGGUUGCCUGGCUUCCCUUCGGAGAAGGUCCUCGCAACUGCAUUGGACUGAGAUUUGGACAGAUGCAGGCUCGUAUCGGACUAGCCAUGCUCAUUAAGAACUUCAUGUUCUCCCCGUGCUCAGAGACACCAGAUCCCUUGAUCUUCGAUCCACAUUCCGCAAUUUUACUCGGAAUUAAAGGCGGAAUUCAGCUGAAGAUUCAACUAUUCAUGGGAGUGUACCAUAAUGAAGCGACCCGUUUGGCAUUGCAUAUGCUGAUAGCAUUUUUAUCCUUAUUGCUGGGCUCAGCGUUUACCAAUUACCGGCAGGACGACAGGACUCCAAACCACUCCGCUCCACACCCAUUUGCCUUUAGCUUUAGCUCAGGCCCGCAUGUAUUAAUUCUAAUUAAAUUUGUUAUUCAAAACGAAGCUCGGGCACGUCCUUGCUAGCCAUUUUGCAAGUGU